UAAACAAUAGAGGGUAAGCAGGUAUAACAUGACCUUUCACCCCACAGCACCAGUCACCUUUCACCCCUUGCUGCUCCAGACAAACGCUUGCGGGAGGAUUGUGCGGAGGUAAUAAAUAUCAUCACUGGGAGCAGGCCUCUGUUUUGCUUUUGUUAGACAUGGCGAAGGCAGAUGUUGGGUCUCCUACUGCUGUUUCCCAGACCACCCGUGAUGGGUCUCCUACUGGAGUUUUGGGUGACUGGGAAGCAAGGAAAGGCAAAGAGCAGCCCACAGCGAUCAAAAUCAGUCAACAGGAAGCAAACACUGGUGAGAAACCCUACAGGUGUGAGGAGUGCGGCUUUAGGACAGCUUACAGGUCUGCCUUAUCCCAACAUAUGAAAACUCAUUCUGGUGAUAAGCCCUACAUGUGUGGGGAGUGUGGGUACAGAGCAGCUCGGAAAUCUACCUUAUCCCAACAUAUGAGAACUCAUACUGGUAACAAACCUUACAAGUGUAACCAGUGUGACUAUUCUACUGCACGGAAAUUCAGUUUGGACCAACAUCAAGCCAAGCACACUGGUGAUAAGCCCUACAUGUGUGGAGAGUGUGGAUACAGAGCAGCUCGGAAGUCUCAGUUAUCCGAACAUACGAGAACUCAUACCGGUGAAAAACCGUACAAGUGUGACCAGUGUGACUAUUCUGCUGCACAGAAGUCCAACUUGAACCAACAUCUAGCCAAACACACUGGUGACAAGCCUUACAUGUGUGGGGAGUGUGGGUACAGGACAGCUCGGAAGUCUCAUUUAGUCGAACAUAUGAGAACUCAUACCGGUGAAAAGCCAUUCAAGUGUGACCAGUGUGACUUUUCUGCAGCAAAAAAAUUCACUUUGGAUUAUCAUCUAGCCAAACACACUGGUGACAAGCCCUACAUGUGUGGGGAGUGUGGGUACAGGACAGUUCUGAAGUCCGACUUAUCCAUACAUAUGAGAACUCAUACUGGAGAGAAACCCUACAAGUGUGACAAGUGUGACUAUUCUGCUGCAACGAAAUCUACUUUGGACAAGCAUCUAGCCAAACACACUGGGGACAAGCCCUACAUGUGUGGGGAGUGUGGGUACAGAACAGCUCGGAAGUCUGACUUAUCCAUACAUAUGAGAACUCAUACCGGUGAAAAACCUUACAGAUGUGACCAUUGUGACUAUUCUGCAACAAAGAAAGGCUAUUUGGACCGACAUCUAAGACAACACAGACACUAAUGAAAAACGCUACAUGUGUGGGUAGUGUGGGAAGAGGAGAGAAACACUAAAAGUGACCAGUGCGACUUCAGCUAGGAUAUUUGCAUUUGUAAACCAUCGAGAAACACAACAGUGUAUGUUUCAGAAAUAUGUUCUGGACAUCUGAAGACAACACCUUUAUCCAAACUUAUAUCGGAAUAGACAGUGUACCAGUGUUGUAUAUCAUCUAGCUCUAGUAAACACUAAUGGAAAACUCUGAAAGCAUAGGGGCUGGAAGAACUCUACAAGAGAAGUCAUGUACUAGAAGCUAAAAUAUGUGAAUGCAGGAAGAACUCUUCACGUGUCCUAUUCUAAUACAUGAGAACAAGUCAUCUCACAGUUACGAGCGUGUAUAUACGUGAUGUGUUCUAUGGUCAGUUAUAUUCCUUUUUCUAUUGAAGUUCUAUAAAAGAAUAUAACCAUUGUGUGAAAAUUAGGAAGUUUAAUAAAAGCACAAAUCCGAUUCUAUUGUGUC